CGCCCCGGUGCGCAAGGAAUUUCGCUUGCCACAAGUAUUGCUUGCUGCAAAUGGUGACAAAUACCAGCCCAAAAAUGCGGAAAAAACAAAAAAACGAAAGAAACCGCGAAGCAGCAUCAGUGGUCGCCAUGGGAGGAGGACGAGGAGUUGAUGUUAUCCACUCCUGCCCCAUUCGACCUCCUCCGUCGCGGCGGUGCCCCGCCAAAAACCCCCUUCCAUCCAAAGACGCGAACCCCAGAGAGCUCCAAAUCACACAUACCCCUCUUUGCUCAAAAGCUCCUCGUCGAGACGCCCUUCUACUUUUCGCCCUCCCCGCUCUCCUUCCCUCCCUCGCGGACUCCUCCUCCGCCGCCGCCUUCUCUCUUGGCAUUCCGGGGCCCAAGGAUUGGCUGAGAGAUCAGAAGAAGAAGGCGGCCAGGUUCAUCUUGGCCCCAAUCGAAGACUCCCGCGAGAGCCUCCGCAAUGCUUAUCUCUUGCUCUGUACUCUCCCUCACUUGUUCUUUUCUUUCUUUCCCUUCUUUCCCCUUUGCCCCCUUUUUUUGCUACCUUUUGGUCCAAUUGUUAGAUUCUUGAACGCAGCAUCGGAAGCCGGAUCUCCGGUGGAGGAUUCUGGAGAGGUUCGGAGGCUACUGAACUUGGCGGUGAAGGAUUGUGUUCCACAGCGGAGGAGUUCCCUUGUCGAAUUCCAAUCCCGAACUGGAGUGGAGGUGUGCACAUUCCGUUUGCUUGUGAAGAAUGCGGCUUCUUUGCUUGAUAAAGGCGAUCCGGUAAAAUUGGAUGUAGAGGCUAUGCUCAAUGAUCUUAUAAGAUCAUUUUCCUUGCUUGGCAGUGUCAUUGACAGCAGCAACUUCGAGUUCACAACUGAUAGGGGUCAACCUUGUAAAGUUUCAGGAUAUGGUGCUAGCUGCAUCAAAUCAGUUUCUCCAUCAGACCUAAUCUUCUCUGCCUUCUGCACCAAGCAAGCUCAAUAUGCUCCAAUUGGUCUUGUCUAAUUUUUUAUUUUAUUUUGUUUUGUUCCUGGCAAAUUUUAUACUAGUAUUGUAGAAUGUCUAUUUUUGUUAAAAUUCUCAUAUAUGACUGUCCCCUUUAUUCUGAUGAAUGAUGAGAUUUGUUGAAGACGUCUCUGCUGUGCUUUUCAAGUCAAAGUACCAAGAAGAUUUGGCAACCUUCUUUGUGAAAGAUAUUGUAAUUACUUUGGCUUGUGUGCUAGUUGUUCAACGUUAUGAGUUUUUGAUUCUAGUUUUGGUAGUGUGUGAAAUUGGUUUUUCUUUUCCUUUCAUCAUGACAACAUAUUGUGUAUAAACUAAAAGCCACGGACUAUGCUUUCAAUGUGAAUGAGAGGUUAACACGUGGAAUAUUUUCUCUAAAAGGAAACCAAGAGGGAAAAGAUGAUAUAUCUAUAUUAUAAAGAUGUGCCAAUUUGGUACUUCUUUCAUAUUACAAAGAAACCUGCUUUUUUUCCAAAAAGAAAGGUUGACCUUAUGUAAGACUAGAUGUGCAGAAUUGUGUUGAAUGUUAAUCUUUUCCAUAGGUCAAUGGCAUAUUUUGCUUGAUCUUGUACCCUUGACCUGACAGGCAAAUGUCCUACAAGGCUACAACAAUGUUUCAUGCUAAAUGGUCUUGAACAAUAUUGUAGCUGCAAUAUUCCUCAGAGUUUCUUGUUGCAAGAAUGCUCUAUUGAAUCACAAGAUAGGUCUCUGGUCUUUCACAAGGCCACACCAAAUGGGACAAGCAUGAGGAAAAAAAUGUAAGGUACACGAAGAAAUUUUUUGCCUUUCCUUGGAAAUUGGAAUUUUAUUUGUUUGAGUUGUGAAUAUAGCAUAA